UGAAACCGACACAAUUAUAUUUGCAUUACUUCAACGAACCAGCAUACUCUCACUGGUAUAAGAGAGCGAAAAACGAUAAAGAAAUCGAUUUGAUAUUGCAUAAAACAAGGCAGGUUGUGAAAGUUUAUAAUAAAACCAUCAAACACUAUGCUCAUCGUAGUGAUGUGCUGAGACUGGAGGUACUCCUUGAAUAUGGUGGUAUUUAUCUUGAUCUGGAUGUUUUAGUGCUUCGUUCAUUUGAUAGUCUACUAAAUAUAAGUGACACACUUAUGGCACAUCAAGACACAUAUAAUAAGACUGCAUGUAAUGCUGUCAUUAUAUCACAGCCCAAUUCAAUAUUUCUAAAACGUUUAUUAGAUGCCUAUCAAAGUUUUAAUCAGAAUUGUUGGGCAUGUCAUUCUGUUCAACUACCAAGGCAGUUAUCAUUAAUUUAUCCAUCUGAAGUUACUAUACUUCCAUCCGAAACAUUUUUUCGUCCAUAUUGGCCUGAAACAAAACAGUUGUAUGUAUAUAAUAAUUACAGUUUUACAAAGAAUUACGCUUGUCACCUAUGGAGUAAAAUUAACGAUAAAAAUUACUUACGAUCGUUAACACCUCAUCGUGCAUUAACACUUAAUAGUACAUUUGGAAGGAUGCUACGGUAUGCCAUUGGGACUGAUACACUCAAUCAGUUGAAUCAAACAUCUACAACGUAG